UGCCCUCUUAGUUUGAUCCUAUAGUGGAGGGCACUUGCAAGGUAUAGAUCCCCUGCUUCACCCCACAGGACUGAAAAGAGGCCUUUGCCCCUUCUUUCCUGGCCCCAGAAAGCUUUGGGGCCUGCUGCCCCCUCAGUCAUCUUUAAGAGCCUUAAUCAUCCCAUGUGUGUUGCUGUUUCCUUUUCUGCCCCUUUGCGGAAGGAUUUUCAGGGAGCCGUUGCCUUGUACAUGGCUACUUGAGGCUAGGAUAGAGCCUUGUGGCUGCUGGGUGGUAUGAAAAUAAUAAAUAAAUAAACAGGAAAGAUGAAAAAGCUAGUCUUUGCUUUGCUUGUAGGACUUGGGAGCCGUUUGGCCAUUUCCUACCUGGCUUCUGGAGGGCAUGGGGUAGUUAGUUGCCUUAGUCUUUUCUGGAAAAGGGUAUGUGGACAUUAGGUUGCUCUGUUAACUUCCCCAGGGUAACGUGGGUCAAAAAACGCCCCUGAUUCCCCAAUGCAAAAAGACUGAGACAGACUUCUUAUUUGAGUCCUCAGUUUUGGGGGCUGCAGAUAGAUAAAGCACACUUGUAAGUUGCUGCAUAGCUGGUCACCUAUGGUGAGCAAGGAUCACCUUUGCCAAUGCAAACAAGCAGAAAACUUUUAUUUAUUUCAUAUCUGUGUCGCCCAAUUGCCAAAGCAGUCUGGGCAGUGUACAAUGAAAAGUUGCCUUCUUUAGACUGCAAAUAGCUGACAUAGGUAUUUUUGGCCAGGCAGGUUAGUAAAAAUAAUAUUUGUGGAUUGCUGACACUGGGCAUGCGUGAAGCUGUAGGAACAGUUGCCCUGGCAGCUGCUUCAACUUUUUUCUCAAGUGGCACAUCAGGGGGAGAACGAGAGGCAAGGGGCAUUUACACAACUAAGGCUACAAUCCCAAACAAAUGUACUAAACUCAAUCCCAAACUCAAUCCCACUGAACACUUAGCAGCUCUUCUCAAUUAUUAUUAUUAUUAGUGCGAUGCAUUUAUAUCCUCCCCUUUUUCCUCUUGAGAGGAACCCAAGCUGACCUACUUAGUCUUAUUUUAUCCUCCCAACAACAACCCUGUGAGGUAGGCUGAGCUGAGUGAGGAACUGGCUAAGUGGGGACUAGAAUCUGGAUCUCCUGGGUUCUUUAACCACCACAUUGCUUAGGACUGUUUUGUGAUUCUAAAAUUUUAUGUAGACAAGUUUCCACACUUGAACGCUUUAUGUUAAAGAACCUAGAAUAGUUGGGGAAGGGGAGUUGGCACAUUCUUUCCCUGAAAUGGGUCUAAAAAGAGUGUGGAAAAAAAUUAAAAGAGAAACUGUCAUAAAGGAAAAAGAGCAAGCAACACCAGCAGUUACAUGCCUCACCUAAACUCUAUUUAUCCCUAGUGUGCUUUGGCAUGGACUGAUUUGACCUGCUGCCUGAAAAUGUCUAGCACAGGAGCAAGCCAUGUUGGACACAGCUUUCAUGUCGAAGGAUCCCAGUGGACCUCCUAAACCUAAUACGUCCAGCAUCCCUGAAAUGCAGUCACCUCUGAGGUGGAAAGGGGCAGACAACUGGUGUAUCUUUCCCCAGAAUAUGGAUGGGUCUGAAGAGGUAGAAAGAGAAGAAGAAAACGAGGGCAAGAUCGAAAAUGCACAGAAACCUGGUUUUGUUAAAGGGCCAGUGUUCAAGGGAGUUGCAUCUAGCCGUUUUUUGCCCAAAGGCACCCGAACAAAAGUUAACCUUGAGGAGCAAGGCAGACAAAAGGUGUCCUUCAGCUUCAGUCUAACCAAGAAAACAUUGCAGAACAGAUUUCUGGCUGUCCUUGGGAAUGACAAACAAAAUGAAACUUCGAACCCCCCAGCUGCACCCCUGCCAACUGACUUUGCCUCUAAAAUUAAAAUGGAUCUUGGGGAUUCUUCUGGUGUCGUGGAAGAAUUUUCACCACCAAAGCCUAAGGUGGAAUUAGGCAAGAUUCAUUUUAAGAAACAUCUGUUGAAUGUUACAACAAAGCCUCCCCCAGCUGCUUCAGUGCCACCGCCACCAGUGGUUCCAGCACCAACUGCUACACCGGAAUCUGUUGAAUUGCCAGCAUCUCCUCCACCCCCUCCACCACCACCUCCUCCACCGAUAUUACCUGCACCAACACCAGUACUAAUCCCACAAACUUUGACACAAGUUCUGAUCGCAGCACCAACAGCAGCUCCACCUCCGUUACCUUUACCUUUAGAAACCAUUGUCCAAACAACGAAGGAGCCCUCAGUUAAAGUUCCACAGGAAACUUUAGAAUUGAAUGCUAAGCAAAAUUCUGUGUUGGAUGGCUCUGAAGAACACUUAGCUCAAGUUGUUUCUGAGGAAGCAGAACUCAUCCCAACAAAAGGACAUUCCCAUAUUGGGAAGGAGGAGGAAGUUUCAGAUGGCUCAAAAGGGGCUUCUCUAAGUUCUAAGAAACAGGGCUCCAAGAGGAAGUUCUCUCUGUCUGAUGGCACAUUGCCAGGUUCUGAAUCGGAUGAAGAUUCUGUAAGAACCUCUUCAAGUCAGAGAUCCCACGAAAUUAAAACAUCAGCAAGCUCAGAGAAGGAGAAAGAGUCACGAAAGAGUUCUGCUUCUCUCAGAAUUGAAGAACAGACAAAAUCAUCGCGGUCUAGAACUGACAGGGAUGAAAAAUAUUCUAGUUACUCAAGGUCUGAAAGAGACUCAAGAUAUUCUUCCUCCCGUUCCAGAUCUGACCGAGAGAGGAGGCGAAGCCGAUCCCAUUCUCGUUCUAGAUCAGAGAGAGGUUCUAGAACUAGUUCUUCCUAUUCCAGAUCUGAACGGUCACAUUACUAUGACUCUGACCGAAGGUACCACAGGAGCUCCCCGUAUAGAGAGAAAACACGAUAUUCUCGUUCUUACAUGGAUUCUAGGGCAAGAGAGAGUUCUGAUUCAGAAGAAGAGUAUCGGAGGACUUACUCCAGGUCUACAGACUCAAGGCGCAUGUCUUCCCAUUCCUCCUCUUACAGAGACUCUAGGACCUCUUCUUCUUAUUCAAAGUCUGAACGGGAAAGCAAAACGGAAUCCUCUCAUAUUGAGUCAGAGAGAAAAGGAAAGCCUACAAAAUCAGACAGAGAAGCAAAAAGGACUUCAGAAAGUGAUGUAUCAAAGAGAUGCUCGCCAGCUAGUGAGCGACAUCGAAGGGGAGCAUCUCAUUCUAAAGCAGAUAACAGUGUGAAUUCUUCCCGACAUAAGUCCAGCUCUUCAAAGAUAUCUGUUUCAAAGUCAGAUAAAUUUAAAAGUUCUUUCUGUUGUACAGAAUCUGAGGAAAUCAGAGAGCAGUCUAAUUGUAUAGACUUGGAGGCAUCUUGUGUACAGACCUGUGAAACAGAAACUGCUCUUGCACGGAGGCCAGAAGCAGAAAGGACUGUUUCCCCAUUAAGUCAGUUAAGCGAUUCACCUACUUUCAGAAAGCUAGAUGGAUCAAAAGAGGGCUCUCCUAUUUCUAAGUCGAAUGAAUUUGCAGGAGUUGAUAGCCAUGACAGUAUUAAGGAAGUGGAAUCUUUAGUCAAGUUGAAACAUGAUCAGUUAAGAGCGUGUUCUCCCAUAGAACUAAAUAUAAAUGGGUCCCCAGAAAGUAGGCCCAGUGAUACCACACUGUUCUGUACCUCCAAAGUAGAGGAGAUCGCAGUGUCUGAUGAUAAUUUAGCUGGGUCUGAGCCACCAUUUCAAAUCAAAAGCCCUAGUUUGAACAAGUUACCAUCUAACGGGUUUCAAACUGUGUAUCUAUCUAAAGGGCAUGAACUGAGUGAUUCCACUGUCCUUUCAAAUGAGUCCAUUCAUUUGCUUAAAGAAAAAACAGAUGUUUCACUUUCUUCUGAAUAUGAAUGUGUACCUUCCUGUAUUGUAAAUAAAAAUCAUUCUAAAACAUUAACAAAUAAAGUGGAUGAUCUAACAGAUCCCUGUAAUAGAACCAAAGAUGCCAUCCCUUGCUAUGUUUCAGACGAUGCCACUCUUUCCUUGUAUUACUCAGAAGUUGAAAUUGAAGCUGAGCCUUCAGAUACAAAAGCUACGCAUUCUUCUAUGGAUAUUCAUGUAGAACCACAAAUUGAAGUGUUCAAGUACAUGGAAGUAGAAGAAAACAGUUCAUUAAAAUCUUCCCAUGAAAAUGAAAAUUCUGUUCAGCAUUUUAGCUUAGUAGAGCAUAACUCUGUUAGCAAUUCAUCUACAGAGGAAUAUUUGGUUGAAGUGAAGUUAGACAAUCAAUGUAUUGCACAGCAACAACAAAUUUCUGAAAAUAAGGAAGAGCUCUUAGAGUGUCCUGAAGUAGCACUUGAACUAGAUAUUCCACAUGUUGAUUCCAUUGUGGAAAAAGCAAAAUCGCCUUUUAAAAAUGAGCAUUCUUACUAUUUAGAGAUGCCGGUGGAUGAUGAGCAACCAGAGGAGGAGGAAGAUUCAGCUGCUCCUGUUAAAAGAACUGUGUUGGACCUGAAAGACCAUUCUCCAGAAGUCUCAGUGAUAAAUGACAAAGGGGACGACUCCUUGGUGGGAUCUGUAUUUUCAGACUCUUUAUCCCCAUCUUGUGAUAUUGUUGUGACGGUAGAAGAAACAGAAACCGUAGCUGAAGCACCCAGGUGUGACAGUCAUGGCAAUACACCUGAGAGUACUCACACUAUUCACCAUGAAGAUUAUUCCGAUGUGGCUGAAAGUGCCAGUGACCAGGGUAGUGAUGAAAGUGAUACAGAGGACUCUGAUUCAGAUGACAGUGGUGUUCCAAGGAAUCGCCUUCAAUCAGUCGUGGUUAUUCCAAAGAAUUCUACCAUACCCAUGGAAGAGAGCAGUUCUUGUUCCUCACGGAACAGCCAGAGUAACAGGCGCUACUUGGAUCAUUGGGAAGAUGGCAGGCCAGAGUCCAGCAAGCCGUUCUACGAAGAAAUGCCGGAUGACCUGGAACCUAAUAACGGUGCGCAAAACGAGAACAAGUGCUUCUCUUCUAGAGCUUCAGAGGGAAGCCUAGCAAUAUUGACUGAGCUCAGUAGAGUAGAAACUGAAGGCCUUCAGCCUGAUGCCUCCCACCCUCAGAGCGACGGUGUAGACAGUACAAGUCAGUCAGAGCACGCAUUGGAAUCUGUUAGUAAGCCAAAUCCAGAAGAAAGAGCAGUAUUAAAUGAAAGAACGUAUCUAACUCGGUCAAUAGGCAUUUCACAAGAAGAAGGGCUGCGCUACUUUUCCAGGAACUUUGAAAUGGAUGACAAUAUAUCCAGGCUGCAGGCCAGUGUUACCAAGCCAGACAGUAGGCAAGAGAAAUCUGGUUUCGGCAAUCUCUCCAACGUGGGAGAUUUCUCUCGAGAGGAUGGCUUUCAUUCAGCCGAGGACUUGGGUAACCUGGGUUGGGAUUUCUCCCAGCCAGAGAAACCAAGCAGUACAUACCAGCAGCCUGAUAGCAGCUAUGGCAUUUUCUCAGGUUACGUGUAUCCCCCAGCUGCAGGACCAUACAUUGGGUCUCAUAACUACUGGCAUGACAAUGGCUACUGGGAUCCAAGAUUGGCUAAUAGACCCUCUGGGAUGAAUUAUGAACAGGUACAAGGGCAGGUCCCUGAUUCACUUACAGAAGAUCAUGAGGAGUAUGAAGAAGUUGACCGAUGGGUUGAUGAAAGCCAUCCCUACUUUGCAAGCCAGUCAGUUAAGUUCCAAGCCCGAGACCCUAGGGAGAAGGGUUCAGUACAGGCACAUGAGAUAAGCAGUAACUCUGCUAAAGAGCUGAUGGCCCCAGGUGAAAGAAAAGAGCACGUUAAUAAGGCUUUGGAUAAAAAUGACAUGAAGGAGCGUGGGCCACUGAAGAAAAGGCGGACAGACUUGGAGAGUGAUUCGGAGAGUGAUGGGGACUCCCAGGAAAGGAAGAAGGUCAAAACGGAGGGCGAGAGAUUGCAGGUUGUGCCUCAAGAUGGCUCAGCAGCUCGUCCACUGUGUUUUAUGGAAGACUUCAGGGACCCACAGCGCUGGAAAGAGUUUGCCAAGCAAGGGAAAAUGCCCUGUUACUUUGACCUUAUUGAAGAGAAUGUCUAUUUGACAGAAAGGAAAAAGAAUAAAUCGCACCGUGACAUCAAGCGGAUGCUUUGUGAAUGUCCCACACUUUCCAAAGAUGAGAGAGCUCAAGGUGACGUGGCAUGUGGGGAAGAUUGUCUAAACCGUCUCCUCAUGAUAGAAUGUUCUUCAAGAUGUCCAAAUGGGGAAUACUGCUCCAAUCGGCGUUUCCAGAGGAAGCAACAUGCAGAUGUAGAAGUCAUCCUAACGGAGAAGAAAGGCUGGGGGUUGAGAGCGGCCAAAGACCUCCCAUCUAACACUUUUGUUCUGGAAUACUGUGGUGAAGUGUUGGAUCACAAAGAGUUCAAAACACGAGUAAAAGAGUAUGCCAGAAGUAAGAACAUCCAUUACUACUUCAUGGCACUGAAGAAUGAUGAGAUAAUAGAUGCCACCCAGAAGGGAAACUGCUCUCGAUUUAUGAACCACAGCUGUGAGCCAAACUGUGAGACUCAGAAGUGGACAGUGAAUGGACAGCUAAGGGUUGGCUUUUUUACCACAAAGCUAGUCCCGUCGGGCUCAGAACUAACAUUUGACUACCAGUUCCAGAGAUAUGGCAAAGAAGCGCAGAAGUGUUUCUGUGGCUCUGCCAACUGCCGGGGCUACCUGGGUGGAGAGAACAGGGUCAGCAUCAGAGCGGCAGGAGGCAAGAUGAAGAAGGAGCGGUCUCGUAAGAAAGAUUCCGUGGAUGGGGAGUUGGAGGCUCUCUUGGAGAACGGAGAAGGGCUCUCAGAUAAAAACCAAGUUCUCAGCUUGUCCCGCCUCAUGGUGCGCAUUGAGACUCUGGAGCAAAAACUCACCUGCCUCAAACUCAUACAGAAUACUCAUUCACAGGCCUGCCUGAAGUCCUUCUUGGAAUGUCACGGUUUGUCCCUUCUCUGGAUUUGGAUGGCAGAGCUUGGUGAUGGCAGGGGAAAUACAGCCAACAACCUGAAGCUCCAGUUGGAGAUUAUAAAGACUUUGGAGCUUUUGCCUAUUCCUAACAAAAACAUGUUGGAGGAAAGUAAAGUACUUCCAAUAAUCCAGCGCUGGGCCCAGACCAAGUCAGCUAUUCCACACUUCAGUGAAGGGGAUGGAUAUUCCAGUGAGAACACCUCGCGGGCUCACACACCACUCAAUACUCCGGAUCCUUCCACUAAGCCCAACACCGAGGGUGAAACAGACACACCUAAAAAGCUUGCUUUUCGGAGGCUCAAAAUCAUAAGCGAAAACAGUAUGGACAGUGCCAUCUCGGACAGUACCAGUGAGAUGGAGCUGAAGGAGGGCAAAGAGGAACUGGAGCCUCCAGACGGUGCCCCUGCAGAGGCCGUGGAGGAGCAGCCCCUGCAGCCAGAGCCAGCCAAGAAUGCGGCUGUGGAGGUCUCCGCAGACCCCCGCAAAUCCCAGGCUGCUGAGCCGGAGGUUGAGCCUGAAGCAGAGAUGAAAGAGAGCAGCAUCAUGAAGCUGGAGGAGCCUAUUGCUGUGGAAACGCCUUCUCAGGACGAAGAGGAGGGUGUGUCGGAUGUGGAGAGCGAGAGGAGUCAAGAGCCGGUGGAUAAGUUAGUGGAUGUGAGCGAUUUGGCCAGCAAGCUUCUGGACUGCUGGAAGGACCUAAAAGAGGUGUACAGGAUCCCAAAGAAAAGUCAAGCAGAAAAAGAGACCAAUGCUGAUCGCGGGCGAGAGACAGCACCUCGAGACCCAGCUGCUACCCCAAAAACCCUGAGCCGGGAGCGAGACCCUGAAAGGCAAAGUCAAAGUAAGGAAAAGAAAAAACGCAGAGAUUCAUUGUCGCCUCCAUCUGCAUAUGAGCGAGGAACCAAGCGUCCAGAUGACAGAUAUGACACACCAGCCACAGCUUCCAAGAAGAAAGUCCGGAUCAAGGACCGGAAUAAGCUGUCCACAGAAGAACGCCGGAAGCUCUUUGAGCAGGAGGUGGCCCAGCGCGAGGCCCAGAAGCAGCAGCAGCAGCUGCAGAACCUUGGGAUGGCUUCCCCUCUUCCCUAUGACUCUCUGGGCUACAAUGCCUCUCACCACACCUUCAUGGGCUACCCCCCAGGCUACCCCAUGCAGUCCUACGUGGAUCCCAGCAACCCCAAUGCUGGGAAGGUGCUACUCCCCACUCCAAGCAUGGACCCCAUGUGCUCCCCGGCCGCUUAUGAGCACCCUCAGACUCUGGUGGGGCACGCGAUCGAACCGACCCUGACUGCCCCUCAGCCCGUGCCUGUGGUUCAGCACGUGGCCACGACCCUGGAGGUGUCGACGCCGCAGUACGUAGCGCAGGGCGACCCCGUGGUCCACCAGGAGCCGAGCGUCACCGUCUUGCCUGUGCCGGCGCCCGGUCCGGUGCAGAGCCAGAGCUACGGAGUCUGGGACUCCAGCCAGCAGCCAGUAGCCGUGCAGCCGCCCUAUUCUCCUGCCCAGUCGCAGCCAGCCAUAUACUACCAAGGACAAGCCUGCCAGACGGUGUACGGAGUAACGUCCCCUUAUUCCCAGACCACGCCCCCAAUCGUGCAGAGCUAUGCACAGCCGAGCCUUCAGUAUAUCCAGGGGCAGCAGAUUUACACCGCUCAUCCCCAGGGAGUUGUGGUGCAGCCCACGGCAGCGGUGACCACUAUUGUAGCAACGGGGCAGCCCCCACCUAUACAGCAGCCAGAGUUGGUGGUGACCAACAACCUCUUGGACCUGCCCCCACCAUCUCCUCCUAAGCCCAAGACCAUCGUCCUCCCUCCUAACUGGAAAACCGCCCGAGAUCCUGAAGGGAAGAUCUACUACUAUCACGUGGUCACAAGGCAAACCCAGUGGGAUCCUCCAAAUUGGGACAGUCCGGAAGAUGACGCCAGCCUUGAACAUGAAGCCGAAAUGGACCUUGGAACUCCAACCUAUGAUGAAAACCCCAUGAAGUCUUCCAAGAAACCUAAAACAGCAGAAGCAGACACUUCAAGUGAACUGGCGAAGAAGAGCAAGGAAGUGUUCCGAAAGGAGAUGUCUCAGUUCAUUGUACAAUGCCUGAACCCGUACCGCAAGCCAGACUGCAAAGUUGGGCGGAUAACCACAACCGAGGACUUCAAGCACCUCGCGCGCAAGCUCACCCACGGAGUGAUGAACAAGGAACUGAAAUACUGCAAAACUCCGGAAGACCUGGAGUGCAACGAGAAUGUAAAACACAAGACAAAGGAGUAUAUCAAGAAAUACAUGCAGAAAUUUGGGGCUGUUUACAAACCCAAAGAGGACACUGACCUGGAGUAGCUGCAGCAGGAGAGAGUUUGGGCCCGUUCAGGAGCUGGCUUGCCAUGGACGUUUUUAACCUCUGCAAGAUCCCUGGCUUUCUGGGGUGCUGCCUGAAGAACCACCUCGCAAAUCUUGUGGCAAAGUGGGUUUUAGGAGGCCAGACAGAAACAAAAACUCAUUAGCUACACAGCUGUGAUCAUCAGUACCACACCUUGUUGCGUCUUUCCAGACAAACCCAAAACUUCCAAUAUGGCGGUGCUGUUUUAGUGCAACAAUUUGAGUGCGCAUCUUGGCUCCCUGCUCAAGAUCUGUAUGAUAUUUUAACGUAUAUGUGAAUAUAUUGAGGUUUACUUUUUCUUUUUUCCCCCUUUUAGCUCCACAUGUGUUGAUAUCAUGGGAACACUUUGUAAGAAUAGUUUUGAGAGUUUUUCCUUUUUCCUUUUUCUGUUCUCUGCAAGGUUUAAUCUGUUAUCAUGUAAAUAUUUGCGAGCAGGCUGCCUCAGGGUUUCUGGCAGACCAUGUGCUAUGUUGAUAAGAUUGAUUUUACUGCUUAAAUCAUUUUACUUUAUCCAAUUUUUACUGAAGUUUUUAUGUAAAAGAAAAAAUUUAAAAAUUAAACAAAAUGGCAGCGAAAGAACCAAAA